AUGGAUACCAUUACGCCCACGACAAUCCCGCGCCGUGGCCAAGAUGAACUUGUCCCGGUCCACAAUGGCCGCCCUCUGACCGCCGACCUGGGCGACGACUCGCCGCCGCCCGCCAACAAAUUCGCCUUCACCCCGACCCAGCUGCACACCCUCCUCACCUUUCGCAGCCUCGCAGCUCUCGAUGCCUUCGGUGGCCUAUGCGGGCUCGCUGCGGGUCUCCGCACUGAUGUCACCGCUGGCCUCGGCGCCGACGAGACUGAUAUCGAUGGCCUAGUCUCUUUCGACGAAGCCGUCGCCGCUGGCCGCGAGAGCCGCGCCCCAGUCCUUCAAGCCACCGGCCCUCCGUCAUCGUCUCCCGCUCCCCACGCGAUACGCCGGGGCGACGCCGCCGCCGCCGCCGACCAGCGUCGCUUCGCCGACCGGAAGCGCAUCUUUGGCACCAACCAGCUACCUCGACGCCGCCACAAAUCGUUCCUCAAGCUCAUGUGGGUCGCCUUCAACGACAAGCUUCUCAUUCUCCUCACCAUUACUGCCGCCGUCUCCGUCGCCAUUGGCAUCUACCGCUCCGUCAGCGCCGAUUUCGGCACGUCCAACAUCGAGUGGGUGGAUGGCGUAACCGUCAUCGUGGCCAUCAUCGCCAUUGUCCUGGCUAGCGCCGCCAACGACUGGCAGCAGAAUCACAAGUUCGAAAAGCUCAACGAGCGCAAGAAGCAGCGCGAGGUCACCGUCGUUCGUUCCGGCAGGGCCCAGCGGAUAUGGAUGCACGACGUCCUCGUUGGCGACGUCAUGUAUAUUGAGGCUGGCGAGGUGCUGGCCGUCGACGGCAUCCUUAUCCAAGCUUCCGGGCUGCACAUCGACGAGUCUCCCGUCUCGGGCGAGUCUGCCCCCGUCCACAAGACCAUUCCCGACGACCACAACGCCUCGCAUGCCGCCCUCGCCGACCCCUUCAUUCUGAGCGGCACCACCGUCACAUGUGGUGUCGGUCGCUAUCUCGUCACUUCGGUCGGUGCCAACUCGACCUAUGGGCGCACUCUCAUGUCCCUGCGCGAGGAUGUCCAGGAGACGCCCCUCCAGGCGAAGCUUGGCCGUCUGGGCAAGCAGCUCAUCAUCUUCGGCGCCGUUGCCGGUGCCAUCUUCUUCGUCGUUCUCACCAUCCGCUACCUGGUCAAUCUCAAGCACAUGAACCAAGGGGGGCCGCCCAAAAAGGCUGCCGUCUUCUUCCAAAACGUCAUCAUUUCCAUCACUGUCGUCGUCAUCGCCGUCCCCGAGGGUUUGGCUCUCAACGUCACCGUCGCCCUGGCGUUUGCGACCAAGCGGAUGCUCAAGGACAACAACCUGGUUCGACUCAUCCGCUCGUGCGAGAUUAUGGGGAACGUCACCUGCGUCUGUUCUGAUAAAACAGGCACCCUGACGCAGAACAAGAUGACGGUUGUCGCGGGCCGGGUCGGGCUCGAUUGCAGCUUUGACGAUAUGGAGACGGUGGCGGUCGGUGUCGGCCAGUCUGCGCCCAACUCGACUGUCAUUCGAGGCGACACAUCGGCUCGACUCGCCUCGUCGCUGUCCAGCGAGGUCAAGGAUCUCAUCAAGGAUAGCAUGGCCCUUAAUUCCACCGCCUUCGAGAGCGACGAGACGGCCGGGUCGGGCUACUUUGGCUCCAGCACCGAGAUGGCACUGCUCAAAUUCAGCCGAGACCGCCUCGGGUUGGGCCUGUUGAGUGUGGAACGGGCUAACAACCCGAUAGUGACCAUGCUCCCCUUCCAGUCUUCACGGAAGUGGAUGGCUGCUCUUGUCAAGCUGCCCGACGAGAGGUACAGGCUGCUCGUCAAGGGAGCGGCCGAGGUCGUUUUCGAGUUCUGCGCCUAUGUCAUGGACGACCCAACAGACGACCUCACCGCUCGUCGACUCUCGGAAGAAGACAGAACUGGUGUUCGCCUUACAACUCAGAACUAUGCCGACAACAUGCUGCGGCCGGUGGCCAUUGCGUUUCGGGAUUUCGACGCCUCCGAGGUCUUUGAGUUUGAGGACGACGAUCCUGCCGCCGUCAAUCUGGAAUGGCUGGCCUCGGGCCUGGUCUUUAUUGGUGUUUUCGGUAUUCAAGACCCUCUGCGCCUCGAAGUUGUCGAAUCGGUCCGCAAGUGUCAGGAAGCUGGCGUGUUUGUCCGUAUGGUUACGGGCGAUAACUUCCUGACGGCCAAGGCUAUUGCUGCCGAGUGCGGCAUCUACACGGCUGGCGGCGUAGCCAUGGAUGGUCCUACAUUCCGGAAACUUUCUCCGUCUCAACUUGACGCUGUGAUUCCGCGUCUGCAAGUUCUGGCGAGGACCAGCCCGGAGGAUAAGCUCCUCUUGGUCUCGCACCUCAAGGAGAUGAAGGAGACGGUGGCCGUCACCGGUGACGGCACCAACGACGCGCUAGCCCUCAAAGCUGCCGACGUCGGCCUUGCCAUGGGCAUCCAGGGGACCGAGGUGGCCAAGGAAGCUGCCUCGAUUAUCCUUCUCGACGAUAACUUCGCAUCCAUUGUCAAGGCGUUGAGCUGGGGCCGCACCGUCAACGACGCAGUCAAGAAGUUUUGCCAGUUUCAAUUCACCAUCAACAUCACCGCGAGUAUUCUCACCAUCUCGGUCCUUGUCGGCGAGCCCAUAUUCACCGUGGUGCAACUCCUCUGGAUCAACCUCAUCAUGGACAUUUUUGCUUCGCUUGGACUCGCAACCGAUCUCCCGUCGCCCGAAUUCCUCAAGCGCAAGCCCGAACCGCGAAACUCGCCCAUCAUCAGCAUCACCAUGUGGAAAAUGAUUCUCGGCCAAGCCAUCUACCAGCUUGCCGUGGUGUUCACAGUUCAUUACGCCGGAUGGGACAUCUUCAACCCCGAUACCAAAUUCGAGGCUGAGGUAUUGCAGACGCUAGUGUUCAACAUAUACGUCUGGAUGCAGUUUUUUAACCAACACAACUGCCGUAGGGUAGAUAACAAGCUUGACAUCUGGUACCAAAGCGUGCUGCGCAACCCCUGGUUCAUCGGGGUGCAGCUCUUGACAAUGGCAGGUCAGCUUGCCAUCAUAUUCAAGGGAGGGGAGGCAUUCGACACGGUGCCCUUGACAGGGGCGCAAUGGGGAUGGAGCUUGCUUUUCGGCCUGCUCACCAUACCGCUCGGGGCCCUGCUUCGUCAGGUGCCGGACCGCUAUGUGCUGGCGCUUUUCCGACGCAUCGAAUCCAGCGGAAGGCGCCACGAAUUGGGGAAUGUGUCACCGCAGACCACUGGAAGUUUUCCGAGUCAGGGCCCCAAGAACUCGUUGUCUGUGGGAAGCGAGGGCUGCGAGGAGCCACGUCGAGAUCGGACGGCCCCUGGUUCUGCCACAGAAGUGUCUGAAAACACGGAGAGCAAAAUUGAUUUGCAGGUCAUGAUUGACGCAGCCAAGAUUGGGAGGUCAAUCGGCACAGACAAGCUGGAACUGCACCCAGAGACGCUCAAGGAUGAUCCCAUCCUAGGCACGAGGAGCGACGUUACCCUGCCGCCGAGCCAAGAUCCGGCCCUGCAGAUGCUCAUGCCCACGGGCGAAGAGGACGAGGGCCGGCCGAGACGACGGAGAGGGCGCGAAAGAGCGGUUUGGGUGGAACCAAGCCGUCCCGGGCAACAGCCCGGGCAAUAUGCCGGACAACAGAGGAAGAAAGGCCUCUCUCUGGAGGGGUUUCUCAGGUCGAAGAGGAGGUAA